AUGGAGCAGCUUUUCUAUGUCCCAAACCCUCCUCUGUCUGCGAUAAGCCCUCAGAGAUUUCCAGGGGCUGAUCCUGAAUCGACAGAUGCUCUCAUCCGAACGUUGUCCCACAACCACGUUGCCUGGCAUAUCUUCUUCAAUUACAAAGGAUUCCACAAUCAUGCCCCACAUCACCUGCUUUCUAUCUGGGCGAUGGGCGCUAGUGGUCCAGUCAUAGAUGCCGCAUAUGCGACACACUGUGUGUAUCAGCGGCCUGCAUUCGAAUCGCCUGGACACAUCACACACGAUAACGUCCACAAGCAUCUCGACGAUGAACGCUAUUACGCGGCCUAUCUCAAGUUCUUCUCAGCUGAGGUCCUCAAGCGCGGCCUUCCAGAGUGUUUGGAAGAAUAUGUAUUCUCUUCUGCUGCUAAUUUUACUCGUGAUGGUGGCGAACAACCCGCAAUGCUGUCCCGAUUCGUCAUGGGCGCCAUUCACCCUUUCAUACAUACCGGUUUUGGAGCAGAGUUUGGCCUGGCGGGUGUCAGCGCAGAAGGGUUGGCAAUGACUGCUGUACACCCUUCCAACUUAGACUUAAUCGACAGAGCCUGGUUCCCGGACGUCGUCUCCGAACCUAAUAUCAAAGGUGGUACGCGGAGCGCAUUGACGAUUUUAUCUCUCAUCGCAUGUGAUCCUCGUUUUUCCAACGUCAAACGAAUCGAAGGUGGCCUCCUUGCCGGGGGCCUCAAGAGAUACGGCAAGGCCAUCCGCGAAUACGUGGAAAUGUGGAAGUUCGAUAUAUCUUCCGAAGUCAGUCUGGCCGACGCGGUCGAGGAGCUCUCUUGGGUGAACACCUUGAUCUACGGGGUCGGUGGUCAUGUCUCGAACCAACGCUUCAAGGCAGAUUUCUUCCUCAUGCAUCUUUUUGACCUCUAUUCGUCUCGCAGGCUCUUUCUCCUCACGUACUUCAUCACGUCCCUCGUAUUCUAUGUUGCUCGCGGUCGCCCAAAACUAGACGUCCGAGCAUUCUACGAAGGGACGCAACAUCUGCUACAUAAAGUCCCCGGAGUGCAUACAUCUCCUGCCCCAGGCACCCUACCGGACCCAUCGUCAGAUUUAGCACAAACGCCUAACACAUGGCUUCCUCUCAUUCAAACUGUGCUUGUUCACCCCAACGAGCACCUGUGCAAGGCGCAACGUGCCUUGGCACAUUAUUCUGCCCUGUACGGCACCCGCAGGAAAGGUGAACUAUCUGGGCCGGUGGAAGGCCGGAGUUUGAGUGCUGCGCAGCUGGCUAGGGAGGACGAGGCGGAGGAGAAGGUAGGGCUGAAAGAGCUGGAUGGAACUGUGUUCUUGCGUAUUGCAAUGUUGACGCAGAAUAGGCUGGGAUGGAUGCGCGAGGGCGAGCAUGAAGACCGUUGGGAUUUUGAUGGGUUCUAUGCAGAAGAGAGUGCGUGAAAGGUGGGUAGGUGGAACGCCGAAUGCACUUUAGUAAGUGAUUGCCAAGAGGUGAUUGUGGGCGUACUUCCACAUG